AUGAUUGUGAUAAAUGAAAACGUGAUAGCUAUGGAGUCUGGUGAUAGUAAUGAUUGUGAAACAGCAACCCAAAAUAAUAAUCGAGCAGAAGAAAUUGCAGCAGCUGCUGCAGUUGUUUUGUCGCUUCAAAGUACGAUGGUUUCAAGCUUACAACAAGCUGCAAUGCUUCCAAUCAAUUCGCCGGCAGCAACAGCCUUAAAUCUUCAAGCCCUCGAGUCUUAUUUCACCUUGCAACGACUCACAAGUAAAUCUGAAAUAUUAAGAAUGCCUAACAAUGGACCAUUACCGUCACUUCAUUUCCCAAACCAUUCAUCACCACCAAUCAAUGAUUUGUCAACUAUUCAAACGAGCGAUCUGGUCGAUGAUGAUGAAGAGAUGCCCAUGAUGACCCCAGAAGAUGAUCACGAAGAGAAUGAAGAUGAUUUAGCGGUCGAAGCGAAUCUAAGUUUGCCGUCGGAUGAUUUCUCGUUAGAUAACAACUAUUCAAGCUUACUAAUGACCUCAUCUUUCCGACAGAAAUUGAAUCAAGAGUUAUUGAAUAAGAAAAACGAAAUGUUGCUUAAAGCAAAGACGACAUCACUUUGUUCAACAGCAGGUGUAACAUCAUCCGAAACAAAAUCAUCCAUAACGUCACCGUCAUCACAUGCCACGACAUCAGCCGUUUCUCAAAGCCUCGCGUCAUCAUCAAGUGCCACACAGAGACCAAAAAAGCAAUUUAUAUGUAAAUUCUGCAAUCGACAAUUCACCAAGUCGUACAAUCUUCUCAUUCACGAGCGAACACACACUGAUGAACGUCCCUAUUCGUGCGAAAUAUGCGGAAAAGCCUUUCGUCGACAGGAUCAUCUGCGGGAUCAUAGGUAAAUAUAUUCAUUCUAAAGAGAAACCAUUUAAAUGCGGUGAAUGUGGAAAAGGAUUUUGUCAAUCGAGAACGUUAGCCGUACAUAAAAUUCUUCAUAUGGAAGAAUCACCUCACAAAUGUCCCGUUUGUGCACGUAGUUUUAAUCAACGAUCAAAUCUUAAGACUCAUCUUUUAACUCAUACGGAUAUCAAGCCUUAUCACUGCUCCUGCGGGAAAGUCUUUCGACGUAAUUGUGACUUAAGACGACAUAGUUUAACACAUAAUUUAAGCGGUAAUAGUUCGACAAAUAAUAACAAAUCACCGAGAUCGUUAUCAUCAUUAACCGGUACAUCAGCCACGUCAUCAACUGCAGUCUCGUCAAACAAUAACAAAUUUAAUAUUGAUUUAAUAGCAGCUGGUGAAUGAAAUUCAUUCCCUUCUAUAGUGAUUUCUAUAAAUUAAUUUUAACUUUUCUUUUCUUCUUGUUCUUGUGUCUAUCAACGAUACACGAUCAAUGCAAGAAGAAAAAUCAUCAGAGAAGACACAAAACUUGCUUACACCAUUUUCAAAAAACAAAACAAAAAAAAAGAAGGAGAAAGAAGAAGAUUGAAACAUUUACGUAUUUAAAUAAAAAAUGAAAGCAUCACAUAAAUAAAUGUAGUGAUGACUUAUGAAAAGCUUAAGAUAAAGAAAAAAAGGAAAAGUUGCAUUUGUUAGGUUUUUAUCAGCAAUUUAUGACAUUUUAAUCUUGAGUUAGCAAUCAGUUUCAUUAUAAAAUUGUGCACAUACAA